AUGGAAGGCUUUAGGACCAAGCAGCAAUUGACAACGAGGAGAACUACGUUGCUCGCUUCGUUGAGCCGCGCCGAGCAGUUCAUGGAACGAUACAAUGAGGAACGGGACAAACUCGAGGCAUCCAUACGCUUGGAAAAUUUGAACAUGCUUUGGCAAGCACUGGAGGAAGUACAGACGGAAUUAGAGGAUGGCGAGGAAACGAAUGAAGGUCUGGUGAGAAAUUUAAAUUUCCGUGCGCAUUUUGAGCCUAUGCUCUUCAAAAUAAAAGCUUUCCUUUGCUCUAAAAUCCCUCCUCCUAUCAGUUCACACAACGAUCUCCCUCACAACACAAACACACGGUCCACCUCCGCUCUUCACGGUCUAAAACUGCCUACAAUCUCGUUACCGGAGUUCUCUGGCGAUUAUAAAGACUGGCUAGCUUUCCACGACACAUUUUCCGCGCUCAUACACUCGAAUCCUGACGUGGCAGAUAUCCAAAAAUUUCAUUAUCUACGCGCAGCUUUAAAAGGGGAAGCAGCGCAGAUUGUUGAAUCCAUCGGAAUUAGUGCCGCCAACUACAAACUGGCAUGGGACUCUUUAACCAACCGAUACUCCAACGAAUAUUUACUUAAAAAACGCCAUCUUCAAGCGCUGUUUGAUACUACAGAAAUGGCAAGGGAGACUGCCUCAACAUUGCAUGCGAUUGUUGAUGAAUUUGAGCGACAUGUUAAGAUUUUGGGACAAUUGGACGAGCCAGUUGAUUCAUGGAGCACUAUUCUGGAGCAUCUUCUUUGCACACGUUUACACGCUGACACGUUAGCAGCUUGGGAGGAUCACGCAUCAACUUUAGACAAGCCCACCUACAAGUGUUUAAUUGGCUUCCUUCAGCGUCGCAUGCGGGUACUGGAAUCGAUUUCGGUCAAUCAACACCAUGCAAUUCCAUCCGCAUCCUCAGCAUGCAUUGGUGAUUCGGAAAAGACCAUUCAUGCAAAUAUUUUGUCUCAUGUAGCGACUGAGAAUGUUCCGUUUAAAUGCUAUGUCUGCGACCAACACCACCCCUUAAUAAAGUGUUCAAAGUUCGAACGGCUCCCGAUAGCCGAGAAAAUGAGUCUAAUGAAUGCAAAUCACUUGUGUCUGAAUUGUUUCCGUGCCGAUCACUAUGCGAGAAACUGUACAUCCAGGUACAGUUGCAGAUUUUGUAGAAGACGUCACCACUCACUCAUCCAUUCAGCAUUUGCCGAUAACUUAAGCCGAGUUAAUCAAAAUACUGUCCCUUCAUCCUCAGGAAGUUACCCAGUAACAUCGACACAAACGCGCGAUGGUCCCAUUAAUGAAUCUUCGAUGUUUUCCGCGACAACUGCCGUCAAAUUAGCGAAACCUGGCCACCAUUCACCGCUGCCUGAUGCCGAGAAGAGUAUUUUAAUGCUGACGGUGGUUCUGGUUGUAGUCGAUCGAUAUGGGAAGGAACAUUUGGCUCGAGCUUUGCUGGACUGUGGUUCGCAGCCAAACAUAAUUUCCGAAAGAAUGGUACAAAUCCUUCGGUUAAAGCGAAAAAGGGCGAAUGUGCUUAUUCAGGGAAUAGGUAACCAGCCACAACAUGUAACUCAAUCCGUUUCCACGCAAGUCCGGUUUCGCAAGGAAGAUUUCGCUUUGGAUGUGAACUUCUUGGUUUUGGAAAAGGUAACGUCAAACUUACCAGCCUGUGACGUGCUUAUUGAUGACUGGUGUCUUCCCGAGAAAUUAUUUUUGGCUGAUCCAAAUUUCAACAAACGAGCCGGAAUUGAUAUGAUUAUCGGAAACGAACACUUUUUCUCAUGUUUCAAAACAGCUGCAAGAAUUGAGCUAUCCAAUUCCCUGCCGACGUUAGUGGACAGCGUCUUCGGAUGGUUAGUUUCAGGAACAGCGACUAUAUUUCAACCCUCACAUGAAGUUUUGCAUCACUCCGUUACCACUGUUUCACUUGCUACCCUCGAGGAAAGUUUAGAACGGUUUUGGGAAACAGAAGAGCUGCCAAACCAAUCCAAUUAUUCCAUAGAUGAGCAAAACUGUGAGCAGUUAUAUGCAGCGAAUGUUGCCAGAGAUUCUGAGGGAAGAUACGUGGUGCGAUUUCCCCGCCACCCCAACUUCGAAGAAAUGCUUGGGGAGUCUAAAGCGGCUGCACAGAGACGUUUUGAAUCACUAGAGCGAAGGUUGUACCACGAUGACCAGCUGCAAAAAGAAUAUAGUAAAUUCCUUCAUGAGUACAUAGCUCUUGGACAUAUGCGCCUGGUUCCACCCCACGACAAAUUUGUUUCCAACCAAUGUUUCCUCCCACAUCACCCGGUUGUCAAAGAGGCAAGCACGACAACCAAGCUUCGCGUCGUUUUUGACGGAUCAGCCCAGACGUCAUCAGGUCACUCUCUUAAUGACGCACUGCUGGUAGGACCAGUAGUACAAGACGAUUUACUUUCAAUCAUUCUAAGAUUUCGUACAUAUCCUGUAGCAUUGGUCGCGGAUAUCGAAAAAAUGUACCGUCAAGUAAAACUAAAUACUGAUGAUACACCAUUCCAACGUAUAUUAUGGCGCUUCUGUCGGCAAGAACCAAUACAAACUUACGAACUUCUAACAGUUACCUACGGCCUCGCUUCCUCAUCGUUUCCUGCAACUAGAACCCUCCAACAGCUUGCCGAAGACGAAGGAAGGUCGUACCCCUUGGGAGGCCCAGCUCUGCGGAAAGGCUUUUACGUUGAUGAUUUCAUCGCCGGAGCUCAAUCAGUGGAAGAAGCAACACAACUACGAUCUGAGUUGAAUGAACUGUUAUCCAAAGGCGGAUUUUCUCUGCGAAAAUGGACAUCGAACAAGCUCCAGGUUCUACAGGGCCUUUCGGCGGAUGAAAUUGGAACUCACUCAUCUUUGAAGUUCGACAAGGAUGAAACUGUCAAAGCUCUCGGCAUCUCAUGGGAACCUCAAAGAGACAUAUUGAGAUUCGAUACUAACAUCAGCCAGAAAGGAAAGUUGACAAAGCGAGCAAUACUUUCCGAAAUUUCACAACUUUUCGACCCUUUGGGUCUGAUCGCUCCAGUUAUAAUACGCGGAAAAAUUCUAAUGCAACACCUGUGGUUGGAGUCCUGUGGAUGGGAUGAUGAAGUUCCCGAGAACAUAGCAACGAAAUGGAAACGAUACUCCGAGCAGCUACCAUUGCUAACUGGUUUUAGAGUGAGCCGCUAUGCCUUUCUGCCGAACGCCGAGAUUCAACUACACACGUUUGCAGACGCCUCCGAAACAGCCUAUGAAGCAUGUACAUACGCAAGAUCCGUCGACCCUCAGUGCAAUAUUUCAGUACAACUGUUGGCUUCAAAAUCUCGUGUAGCACCGCUCAAGCGGGUUACUCUUCCUAGGCUGGAGUUGUGUGCCGCUGAUCUUGCCGCAAAACUCCAUUCCAGGAUAAUCCAAGCACUGCAGAUCAACAUCGCCUCAUCGUUUUUUUUGGUCCGACUCCAUGGUUACAUUACAAUGGCUGAAAUCUCCGCCAAACACCUGGAAAACCUACAUAGCCAAUCGAGUGUCGGCUAUUCAGACUGCUACCCACGGAGCGCAAUGGAAACAUGUUGCUAG